CCGCUUUGAUCAGCUGCUUCUUUCACCAGACACUACUUCGACACGUUUCUAGAAUCCGGUUUGCACCUCUCCUAUUCUUCUUCGCGUUACACGCCUACCGCUUCUUUCGUCCUCGGUAACACGCGAACAUGGCGUCGUCCAUCGACCAGCUGAAGAACAUUGAGAUCACCACCGGCGAGAUCAUUGCUGAAUACAUCUGGAUCGGCGGCUCAGGCAUUGAUAUCAGGAGCAAGGCUCGGACUCUCAAGGGACCCAUCGGCCCGAACGACGUGGCGAAGCUUCCCAAGUGGAACUUCGACGGCUCCAGCACCGGCCAGGCCCCCGGCGAUGACAGCGAGGUCAUUCUCUACCCGCAAGCGAUUUUCAAGGACCCGUUCCGCGGCGGCGACAACAUUCUGGUGGUGUGCGACUGCUACACUCCCCAGGGCCAGCCCAUCCCCACCAAUAAGCGCGCCGUCGCCGCCGCCAUCUUCGACAAAGUCAAGGAGCACGAGGCCUGGUUCGGUUUGGAGCAGGAGUACACGUUGAUGCAGAAGGACGUCAAGUGGCCGCUCGGGUGGCCCACGGGCGGGUACCCCGCGCCUCAGGGCCCGUACUACUGCGGCACGGGCGCGGACAAGGCAUGGGGGCGCGACAUCGUGGACGCGCACUACAAGGCGUGCCUGUACGCGGGGGUCAAGAUCAGCGGCAUCAACGCGGAAGUCAUGCCCGGCCAGUGGGAGUUCCAAGUGGGGCCGUGCACGGGCAUUGAGGCGGGCGACCACCUCUGGAUGGGGCGCUACCUGCUCGAGAGAGUGACGGAGAUGGCCGGUGUGGUUCUGACGCUCGACCCCAAGCCCAUUGAUGGCGACUGGAACGGAGCCGGGUGCCACACGAACUACAGCACCAAGGCGAUGCGCGAGGAGGGCGGGUACGAGGUGAUCCUCAAGGCCAUCGAGAAGCUCGGCCUGCGCCACAAGGAGCACAUCGCCGCCUAUGGCGAGGGCAACGAGCGCCGGCUCACUGGCAAGCACGAGACGGCUGACGUCAACACCUUCUCAUGGGGUGUGGCGAACCGCGGGUGCUCGGUGCGAGUGGGGCGGGACACGGAGGCGCAGAAGAAGGGGUACUUUGAGGACCGCCGGCCAGCCAGCAACAUGGACCCCUACGUGGUCACCUCCAAGAUCGCUGACACCACCAUCCUCUGGGACCCCAAGGCUUGAUCCACUGGAACGCACUGUUUAUCCCAUGGAAGAUGCCCUUCCAGGGGGAGGUUCUAGAGAGAAGGCUUGCAGCCUCAGUGUAGGAAUGGUUCUGCCCUGCAGUCCAUGAUAGAGUGGCACCCCAGGAAGGGUACUUGCAAUCUCCAAAUUAGAAAACGUCUGCCUCAGAAUAGGAUGUAUACGCCUGGCUUGUUAUGUUAUUCCUCCCCUAGUAGUGAUUUGAGAUUGUGCCGACAAAAAUCUCCCAACUCUUUGCUAAAAAAAACC